AGAGACAAAUGAUUCAGGAAUAAUUUCAUUUGAAAAAAAUUUUCAUAUAAAAACCGUCAUUGCAACGGAUUUCGGUUGUCUAUUACAAACACACACACAUCAAACGAACAGACAGACAGACACACACACACACGCAAACAUUGUCUAUCUGAUUUUUAGUUGAAAAAUUUCAUUCAAAUAGUGUAAAUUAAAUUAUCGAUAAAUCAAUUUUAUCACAAAAUGAAAAUGUAUUCAACAACAACAACAACAACAGCAACAACGACAACAAAAUUGAAUAUUGACCAUAAUCAUAACCGAUUGGCUAUCAUCAAAUUAUUAUUAUUGAAAUGUUCAUUAUUCAUUAUUUUGGCAAUAUUGAUUGAUCCAAUAUGUGGUCAACAAUUAUCAUCAUCAUCAGCAGCAACGGCAACGGCAGCGGCAACAAUGGCAACAACGACAUCCACAUCAUCGAUAAAAAACAAACAAGAAGAAAUGAUAAUGCAUACAAUAAUGAAAAGAUCAUCAUUACAACCAUUCGGUUCGGCAUCAUCAUCAUUUCGUUGCCUAUCAAUUUGUCGCCGUGAUGCCGAAAGUCUCUGCAAACGUUGCCUAUUUCGUGAACCAAUGCGUUUUGGUAAACGUAGUGAUAUUAUUAAUGUAUCACCAAGAGGAUCAUCAUCAUCGUUAACAUUUCGUGAACCAAUGCGUUUUGGUAAACGUAGUGAUAUUAAUAUAUCACCAAAAGGAUCAUCAUCGUUAUCAUUUCGUGAACCAAUGCGUUUCGGUAAGAAACGUGCCGAUUUUCGUCAACCAAUGCGUUUUGGUAAAAAAUCAUAUGCAAAAAAUAAUGGCAAUUUUCGUGAAAUGAUGCGUUUUGGUAGACAAAGUAAUGAUAAAAAUCAUGAUGAUCAUGAAGACAACAAUGUGGUUGCUGUUGUUAAUCAAGAUGACGAUGAUGGCAAUUUAAUUCUAUCCAAUCAACAACAACAACAACAACAACAACUACAACAGCGGCAACAAUUGAAACGUUCAAUAAAUGAUGAUAAUCAUAAUCAUAAUGAAAUAGGGAUACCGAUCGAUAAUCAACAAGUUGAUGAUAAUCAUAAAGAUGAAAAUGAGCCAUGA